AUGCUAUUAGCUCUUAUGACUGCACCCCUUGUCACUCUCUCGGUGCGCUCGUUAGGGUCCAGAUCUACAUUGGCGCUAGGUGUUAUCAUCCAGACCAGUGCACUGCUGGGCGCCUCUUUCCGUUUUCAAAUAUGGCACCUCCUGCUUACCCAGGGCGUCUUUUUCGGUCUAGGCGUUGGGCUGUCCUUUAACUCUAUAGUAUCGAUCAUCUCGCAAUAUUUCGACAAACGCAGAUCAUUUGCAAACUUAUUAUCGACCUGUGGUUCAGGGUUUGGUGGCUUGACAUACUCUCUCGUGACCAACGCAGCCAUUCGGAGUGUCGGCUUGGCUUGGACAUUUCGCAUUCUUGCCAUUCUAACACUUGUCGUCAACGGUCUUUGCUGCAUUCUGCUGCGCAAUAGAAAUAAGAGCGUCGGUACAGUACUGUCGGCCUUUCGUUGGGAGCUCCUCAAGAGAAAAAAUUAUCUUCUGUUCUUGUUGUGGGGGCUUUUCAGGCUAAUAGGCUAUACCAUUGUCAUCUUCUCUCUGGCCGACUUCGGCCAGAGUGUAGCGUUUAUAACGAGUCAGGCAUCCCUGGCUGCGGCCCUUAUGAAUCUUGGGCAGGGUGUCGGUCAUCCCAUCAUAGGCCUGUCGAAUGAUCGCUGGGGCCGCUUGGACGUCGCUGGAAUCAGCACCCUACUCGCUGGUUUGACAACGUUGUUCAUCUGGGUUUUUGCUGGAAAGGACUUCGCCGGUCUCCUCAUUUACGCGCUUUGUGGUGCUCUAGACGGCUGUUUUUGGCCCACAGUGGCGGCUGUGGGCGCUGAAGUCGUCUGGCUCCCACUCCUCCCGGCAGCGCUGUGA